AUGGAGGAGGACGGUGUCACCAUGCGCGGCAAGCCAUCAAGAUCUGGAUGGGCAGGCUCAAUGCUUGUCCAGGAAUAUCUGGUCGCCGCCGAUAGCGAUCUUGGACGGUUGAUGGAGAGUCAGACCGGACGUCUGAUGGGCUCUCGAUGGCGCUCGCCACAAGUUGCUCGUGCUGCUGCCGCCAUUUUGAAGAUCUACAACGUUAUGCACCAAGACUGGGCGUACUACUGCUAG